UGAGGAGAAAGUGAAUAGAAACAAAAGCAUGAGGCCAUGAGCCAUGAGGCUCCGGACAAGUGGGUCUAUUCACAAAAAAAGGAAUCCAAACGCAUUCAUUACACAUCUUGUCGUCUUCAAAAACCGUCACGAACGGGUGCGAUACAGAUCCUCUGCUUUGCUUUGCCUCCCCCUAACCCUCACUUUUACUCUACCAUCCCUCCGUUAUCUUUGCCCUCGCGCCCUCCUCAUCGUACUUUCUCUCAGUUUCUUCGAUCAGGCGCUCCCUUCAAUCCUUCCUCUUCCUUUAAAUUUCAAACCCCACCAGAACAACGCACCUCGAGAUUUCUUCUUGCUCGUUGCAAAACAGUAGGCGGCGAACAGAGCCCGCUUGUAAUUUAGGCUUAGCCGCUCAGGGAUGAAGAGGCUCCUUCCCGGUGAUGGCACACCGGCUGCUGGCGAUGAGAGGAAGAUGAAGAAGGCUAAGCUGACGGAGAGCGACGAGGAACCCGACGAUCGAACAGCGGAAAACUCCGGCGGGUUUGUUUAUCUGGAUGAGAAUCUUCUGUUCGAGGUGCUGAAGCACGUGGACGCGAAGACGCUGGCGAUGGCGGGAUGCGUGAGCAAGCAGUGGCAUAGGACGGCGCAGGACGAGCGAUUGUGGGAGUUGAUCUGCUCCAAGCAGUGGGCAAACACCGGCUGUAGCGAGCAGCAGCUGCGUACGGUGGUCCUUGCACUCGGCGGAUUCCGUCGUCUUCACGCGCUUUACCUGGGGCCUCUAUCCAAGCCGCAGGCGUGUUCGGCCUCGUCAUCUUCGUCGUCGGCUUGGGCUGCGGUCCCGAAGAAGAUUCCAUCGAAGCCACCGUCUCGGCUGGGCAAAGACGAGGUUCAUCUUUCCUUGUGUCUGAUGUCGAUCAGUUGCUACGAGAAGAUGAAUUUCAAUAAGAGGAACAGAUGAUUUUUACGAUUUAAAUUAUGUAGCCAAUUCUGAUUCGGCCUCUGUAAUCUGCUGAUGGCCUUGGGGUUGAAUGUGUUUUGUACGGUUGGGAUUUCUGGAUUAGAGUGACCAGAUCUGCAGUAUUAACACGGAUUCGAGUUCGUUGAGAAGGAAUCUGGUUAAUGGAAGAAUUAUAUUAUAUUAUAAUGUAAAAAUUCCAGUAAUGGGAUUUUGUGUUGUGAAA